AUGAAAAGUGUUGUGCUCAAAAUUGUCAACACUAUAUGCAAAGAAAAGGAUGAAAACAAAUUAAAGCGAUUUUAUAAUUUUAUUCUUAAAAAAAAAAAUAUAAAAUAUUUCAGUUUAAAUCAAGUUGCAUACCCCAUCUCAUCUAUUUGCUUAUUCAUAAAUUUUUUGGAAAAAGAAAAUGCCCAAACCGCCAAUGGCAAACACUCCAAACAUUGCGAAGGUGAAAAUGAUAAAGAUAAAACAGUUUUGAAAAAACAAAAUGUAAAACAGUUUCAAACACAUCUAUGUAAUAAUAAUGAAAAGAAUAAAUAUUUAGCAUACUCUUAUCUAGCUAGUAUAACAGACAAAGAAAAAAAAAUAAAAAAAUUUAUUUAUUUUGGGAAAAAAUACUCAAUUUCUUUUUUCAAUAAUUAUUUAAAAUAUAUCUUAAUUAGAUAUAGAAAUAAAGAAUGUCAAAAAAAUAAAAUUUUGAUCAAAAAAAUAACUAAGCAAUCUAUAAUACAAUCUAUUCAAAUUGAACAUAUCAACAAUCUUCUUCACAUUUUUAAUGCUAUAUCUAUGUUACAAAAUGAAAAACACAAUCAAAUCGGCUCUGCUUUAUUUCGUAUAAUAUUGGGAAGGCUUACUCAAGCCCUCUAUUCCCCCAAUUUAGAAAAAAAUAGCGAAAAAAAUGGAAAAAAUUGUGAAAAAAAUGGAAAAAAUUGUGAAAAAAAUGGAAAAAAUUGUGAAAACGGCAUGGUUGAUAGCCAAACUGUUGCCGAAGCUCUGACAAUAAUGAACAAACAUAUAAACGUCCCAACUCAGUGUGCUACCAACUCUAACUUAUUUCAUUUAUUUUAUUUUAGCUUAAUUAAUUAUGUCAUUAAAACGAAUGUAAUUGUAAUAACUGAUUCGAUAUUUUCUAACACAUCUGGUCAAAGUGCUAACAAAUCAAAAACGAUACAAAUAAAAAUAAGUAGUAAAAAUUGUGAAAAUAGAAAAAAUAGUAAUACAUGUAUACAUACAAACCCUGAAAACGAUAUAAAAAAAUAUUACAGGGAGUGCAUAUUUUUGGAUAUAAACAAUUAUGUUACAAUAAUAAGUUUUCUAAAAAAGUAUGAAUAUAUUUUCCAAAUUUAUAAUUUCAAAAUUGGUUAUACAUCUAAUGAAAUAUCAGGUAUAAAAAUUAAACAAUUAAUUUAUGAACAAUUCAUUCAUAUAUUUCUGUCUGUUUUUAAAUCAGAUUGUAAAAAUCAGAGAGUCAUAAAUAAUAUCAUUAUAAAAAUUGUAAUAAUGUUUCCAGAAUAUUUUUAUACAAAUUUAAAUAUAAAUAAAAUUAGUAAUCAAACUAAUUUAGAGAUAAUGAAACAAACUAAUUUAGAGAUAAUGAAGCAAGCUAAUUUAGAGAUAAUGAAACAAGCUAAUUUAGAGAUAAUGAAACAAGCUAAUUUAGAGAUAAUGAAACAAAUUAAUAUUUUAUCAUAUUCUUUAUUUUUUAGAAAUUAUAAUUUUACUAACUACUUUAACCAAAAUAUAUAUAACCAUAUUUCAUUUUUUAAUAUAUUUAAAAAAUAUAUAAAUUCUGAUCAUAAUUUAGGACUCAAUCAAAUACACAUUAAAACGCAAUUAAAUUUGUAUAACCAUUUUUUUAUUUUUAUAUUCAAAUUUUAUAUCUCUUUCUUAUAUACUAACAAUAUAAUUUAUUUUAUUUCCGCCAUUUCUGACCAAAUAAAAAGGCACCCCAAAGAGAGGAAACAUUCCGAAGAGAGGAAACAUUCCAAAGAGAGGAAACAUUCCAAAGAGAGGAAACAUUCCAAAGAGAGGAAACAUUCCGAAGAGAGGAAACAUUCCGAAGAAGAGAAUGACCACCUAUUCACAAUUAUACACUUAAUUAAUAACGAGAUAAUAAAACGAGUUCAGAUUCAUGGAAUUAAAAAUGCAUUUCCUUCGGUAUGUUACACAAAUUGUACAAAAAAUUUUGACCACUUCGAGCAUUUUGACCACUUUGAAAAUUUUGACCAUUUCGAAAAUUUUGACAGAUUCGAAAAUUUUGAUUGCCUCAAAAAUUUUGAUUGCUUUUCCAACUUGACACAAACGAAUAAAAACCUUCUUCACUUCUUCAAAAUAUACAAAAGACAUUUAUUUAACAUAUGUAAUGGAUAUUCUAAGUUGAAAUUUUAUAGUAAUUCAUUUGUUAAAAUAGUUAAUUAUUUUGUCGAAAAUAAUUUAGAAAAUAUGGACACAAAAGAUAUUACUGCUCUUGUUUAUUAUUAUCAUAAAAUUAAUUAUAAAAAAAAAGAUAUUCUUAAAAAUGUUGUGAAAUAUUUACAAACAAAUAUAUAUCAUUAUAAUAUUUCCCAAAUUCAUACUAUAUUAUAUGGAUUAUACAAAUUAAAUAUUGAUUUAAAUUCAAAGCUAGCUGUACAUAUUUUUAAUUAUUUAUUUAUCUACAUUUUGGCAAUUCAUUAUAUCGACACACACAAUUAUAAUAUCCCCAAAGCAAGCCAUUUUAACACUGACAAUGCUGAUGGUGGAAAUAAGAAAGAUGAUGAUGAUGAUGAUGAUGAUGAUGAUGAUGAUGGUGACGGUAGCAUGCGUACAGAACUAGGGAAAAACGAAACAACCUGUGUGCAAAAUUUUGUGAAAUAUAUAUCUAUUUUUUUAAAUUCAUAUAAUUAUAAUGAUUGUGUUAUUUCCCAACAAAACCAAGAAUUAUUCAAAUUUACAAUUAAAGAUCAGCCCACUAUAUUUAUUUCAAAUUUUGAUAUUUCUAAAAUUAUUUAUUUAUAUAAAGAAAUGGAAGAAAAAAAAAACAAAAAAAUAGACAAUAUACAUAAUAUUUUAAAUAUAUUAAAUUUACUUUCCAAAAAUAAAAUAAAAAAUAAUAUAAUACUUUAUGAUAUAUUCUAUUUAUGUAUUUUACAAAAAAAAAAAUAUAAUAAAUUUGUAAAAAUAAAUGAUUGGGUUAACAUUAUUAUUGGUUAUUCAAAAUUAAUUGGCUAUAACCCAAACUACAUAAAUAAAUAUAUUCAACAUAUUUAUGAAAAUAUUGUCUCAAAUAAAUAUGAAAAAAUAAAUAAAAAGGAUAUUAUUCUUCUUAAAUAUUUGUAUAAUCAUUUAAAAAAAAAUGAAUUACCAAAUUAUAUGUUAAUACAAAAUGUUAUAUCAAAAUAUAAUUCAUAUUGA